UACGUCAACGUCUCUCUCCUUUCCUUUCUCCUUUCUUCUUCUCUUGAUCCAGAACUCAUUCGCGCUCGCUCUUCGUCGUCACCUCUUUGUUGGUGAUCAUGUCGGCGACACCUCGCAAACCCGGUACUCCGGGCAGUUCCCGCAGCUCUUCCACCGCAGCGGAAACCAGUCCUCCCAAUGGAUCCCCCGCGCGCACCCAUUCGCGCGCCUCCAGCACCGCUCCCAACGGCCUGCAGCGCUCUCCGUCCUACCGGGGCUCCACGCCCGUGUCGGCGCGAGCGGCCGCCCGCAAGCCCGGUCGCUCCAACCUCAGCAUGUCCAACGUCCCCAAAAUGAGCCCCGACCCCACCGAAGAAGAGGCCCGGGCGCAGAACGCCGCCCUCAUCAGCGACCUGAAGGAACAACUUCGCAAGGCCGAGACCGCCUCCGAGCAAUAUGGGAAGCAACUAGGUGUCCUGCAGAUGCGCCUUGACGAGGCCAUCAGCGAGCAGGGCAAGCUGGAAGACCAGAGCCAUGAGCGGGAUAGCAAGAUCGAGUCCCUCAACAACGAGAUCCGCGAUCAUGUCCGCCAGAUCCGCGACCUCGAACAGGCACAGGAGAUGGAGCGGAAUGCCUUGCUGCAGGAGAAGGAGCAGUACGGUAGUCGCGAGGAGGAAAUGCACGCCACCAUCCAGCGGCUGAAGGAGUCGCUGGCCCAGAAGGGAGCGAAUGGUGAUGGCGACAAGAAUGUCACUCGUUCUUCCAGUUUCCGUAAUCGGGCCUCCCCCGAUGUGGACGGUCAAUUUGCCCCGUCGUCGCACCUCGAGCGCAGCCCCUCUCGCAACAACUCCAAGCUGCUGUUGCAGAAAGAUAAGUUGAUCGAGUCCCUGCGCCUCGAACUCGCCGAGUCGCAGAUCAAGCUCGUCGAGAUGGAGAACAAGGGCGGUGGCCGCCAGCGGGAACUGGAGAAGGACCUGCUGGAGGCUCGCAUGGCCAAUGCCCGCCUGAUGGAAGACAAUGGUGACUUCAUGCGCGACGCCCACACCGAGCCCUCCACGACCAAGGAGUCGGGUAGUGGCCUGGGCUCCUUGGCGGACGAGCUGGAGUCAGCCGACGCCCGAUCCGAGGCGGACGACUCCCGCAAGCUGGAGUCCGAAAUCCGGACGCUGAAGGAUCAGAACAAGGCCCUGACCCUCUACAUCGAGCGCAUCAUCAGCCGCGUCCUGCAGCACGACGGGUUCGAGUCCGUCCUGGACAAGAACGAAAACGCCGCCCAGAACAGCGCCAAGACGACCCAGAACAAGGACCUGCCCCCGACGCCCGUUGAAAAGGACGACGCCGCGCAGCAGAGCUUCCUCCAGCGGGCCCGGACCGUGGUGGCCGGCCCCCCUCCCACUCGGGCCCCGCGAUCGCGCCCGUCGAGCUUCAUGCCUCCGCCGACUAGUGUGCCCCCGUCGGCCUUCGAGAACCCGGAGACGGCACCGAGCAUUCCCUUGAACCGUGGUCAGUCUGUCCGGACCAGCCACCGUCGCGCCAGGUCGGAGCAAACCGAUCCGGGUGCGGCCGCCCUGGUCACCCAGAUGUAUCGCGGCCGCGCCUCUGGAGGCCCCAUGAGCCCGACCCUGAUGGGUCCAGGGUCCCGCCAGAGUGUCAUGUCUGCCACCAGCUACAUGUCGUCGGGCAUGAGUGCCAGCCGUGCCCCGUCCAUGUCCAGCCAGCCGGACCGCGGCCGUCUCAGCAGCUCCGACAGCGUCACCAGCGACCCCCCGGGCGAUACGGCCUCCACCGGCGCGACCUCAAACUCUCCUCGCUCCAGUAUCGGAAUGAACAACUACCCCGGUGCGGUCAUGACGCAGAACAAACUGCGCCCGCUGCGACUGGUCAGCGAAGCCAAGGCCGCGGAUGAGGAUGAUGCGGCGCGGAAGAAGGCCAACCGCGGAAGCUGGAUGCCGGGUUGGUUCGCCCGCCCCGGUUCCAGCGAAUCGGCGCAGCAGCAGGCUUGAGUUCGCUCGAGUCGUGCCGUCUGAAUGAUUUGAAACGUUUGUUUUCUUUUUUUUUUCUUA